AUGGCAACUUCAAUUCCUCAUUUCGCUUUCGACGGUCAAGUGCGCCUCCCGUCGUCAGCUCUGCUCUCCGUCGCCUGCACCUGCGUUCGCAGCCUGCACUCCCACUACGAAACUCGGCGACGUGACUUCGAGGCCGCAAACAACGAGGACGGAGAUGUCGAUGCUGUCGAGUCUCUAGGAGAUGUCGAACAUACCGUGCGAGAGAUUGACCCGGCUUAUUGGCAAGAGUUACUCUCCACAAGAUUCAAAUCCAGCGAGAUACCAGCCCAGCGCGUCGUCAGCGAGCAACAACGCAUCUCCAACUUGCUAGCAAUCGGAAGAGUGCCCAAAGCAGAAUUCGUUAUCGCGGAGGCAGUUCAGAGGCACCGAGAGACGCGAGAUGGGAAGGUAGACAAAGAUGCGGUGGAAAAGGAGGACGUACUGCUAGACUUUUUGGUAUUUUUGGCGGGGAAGCGUGAAAGGGCUGCGCUGUUCUCUGUGGCUGCAUAG